GACAGAUGGCUGUCACAACAUUCCUGUCAGUUGCACAAGUGGAAGAGGACCUAAACAAAAAAUUAAUAUUCAAUCCCCACCACGGAGUGCAGCUUUCACCAUGGCCACAUCAAUGUUCGCGCGAGUGACUUUCUAUCCAACUUUAUUAUACAAUGUGGUCAUGGAAAAGGUGACCAGCAGGCGCUGGUAUGACAGGAUGGAUGAUACAGUCAUCCUAGGGGCCCUUCCUUUCCAAAGUAUGGCACAACAAUUAAAGGAAGAGGAAAAUAUGAAAGGAGUAGUUUCAAUGAAUGAAACAUACGAACUGAAGAUAUUCUCCAAUGAUGCUGAGAAAUGGCGGGAACAGGGCGUGGAGUUCCUCCAGUUGGCCACGACAGACAUAUUCGAAGCCCCGGACCAGGACAAACUGUUCGAAGGAGUCACUUUUAUUAACAGGUUCCUACCAACGGACUGCAAGCUAUCGGGCGUGCCGACGGAGUGCGAGCAGGUGAACAGCGGCUCGGUGUACGUGCACUGCAAGGCGGGCCGCACGCGCAGCGCCACGCUCGUCGGCUGCUACCUCAUGAUGAAAAACGGCUGGUCGCCAAAAGAAGCAGUGAACUACAUGCGCAUACGACGGCCCCACAUCCUACUGCACACCAAGCAAUGGGAGGCUCUGGACAUCUUCCACCGGAGACAUGUCACCAGGACCUGAACACGCCUCAAUUGCCUCCAACUAGCAUAAUUAGCCAACCACAGAGCUAAAAUAAACCGUAUUUGUAUGAAACUAAGGUACAUAAUUCAUCCUCCUGUUAUGCACAAGUGUAACUAUAAAGGUAAGAAGGGUUUUGUACUCUGUUAUGUUGUAAAUACGAUUGUUUUUGCGAUACCCAUCGAAUAUGUUAAAGUACAGUAUACAAGGUACUUGCGCAAAGUAUUGCCAGUUGCGCAAAAGACUUGCGUUAAGUUUUAUUAAUGCGCAAAUAUUAGAAACUUUGCGCAAGUCUUUAUUAAAGUUUAUUGUUACUCUGUGGUGAGCCUGUGUAUUCAAAAUGACAGUCAUUUUGUGUAAUCAUAUAGCAAAGGUUAUUAGUAAUGUAUUCCAAUGUAUAUUUAGUUUCUUAGACAAAUAUUUUAAUACAAUUUGUAAGUAUAAUUUACUUGCAAUACGCUCAAAUAGUGUCAUGAUUCCAUAGAUUUUGAAAUAGAUUUCAGAAAGAGAUAGUGCUCUACUAGAUGCCCUAAGUAGAUCGCUAUCUCUUUCACUCUAUAAUUAUAAAAGUAAGUACUUCUAUAUAACGGUCAGAACAAAACUUAAACUUUCUAUCUCUCUCCCUCUCUAUCUUUUAAAAGUACAAUUUGAAUCACAAAACAAUGUAUUAACUUUUAACUUGUUUAUAUUGAAACCAUCUUGUAGUAAUGGUUUGUUUACCUUCGUAAGUAAUUUUCGUUUUAUAGCUCUUUUAUCAAAUGUUAUAUUGCAAUUCAUUAUGUAUUUACAAAAAUAACUUCAAAUUAAUUUACUGCCAAUUUCAAUAACCGAUCUUACCUGCCGUAUUUAGAGACAUUUAAUGGUUACCUAGACUAUUCCUUAGUAACGAUUUUGUUACGAAAGGAAUUGCAAAGGAUGGGUUAAGUAACCAUUAAAUGACUGUGAGUAUGGCGGUUAAUCCAUAAUAUUUGGAUCGAUCAUUUAUGACAGAAACUCUAUAGAACUUAUGUCAAAAUCGGAUGUUAAUCUAAAGAUUUUGUAUUGAGAUCGGUUAUUGAAAUCGGAAAUUAUUUAUCUACAUUGCUUUGCUAAGCCAUAAUGUCAUUACAUUACAAAAAAAUAUAUUGCUCUUAUACAUGAUGUAAACAGAACACUACAAACAGACGUUGGUAAAAAACGAGAUGUAUUAGAAAAAAGCAAUGCAAUUAUUAUUUUAUGUAACAAUAGUUGUAAUCAACUGCUUAAAGCUGAUGUUGCAUGGAUAACAAGUAAACAAAAACGAUUAAAAUUAUAAAAACAACUAUUUUAUAGAGUUAUUUGUGAGCAUUCCGUUUACAUACUGUAUACAUAAAUCUUGUUAUUUCUAUAACGGGUAAACAGUGUACUUGCAUUUUCAUCUUUUAACCAAAUCUUUGGUUAUUUUUCUCCAUAAUUUUGCAUCUACGCAUUAGGAUCAAAAGCCAAUGUUUCAAAGCCAAAUACAUAGAAGUACAGUAAAAACUAUUGUUGAAACGACAGCACACAAAGUUAUCCCAAUAUUCAAUGUUCAACUUUAUGUUGUACCAUAAUACUGUAGUAUUAAAGGUCAAAAUCGAAUGAGAAAUUUAGUUAAUUGGUGUAGCUUUCCGUGCUGUCGUUAGCGCACAAGGUAAUGUCGAUAUUUGUAAGUGUUGAGCCUACAAAGUAGUUAAUUUAUUUUGUUAUGAAUACAAUAUUUUAUUAACGAAAUAUUAAACGAAUUAUAAUUUUAA